AUCGUCGUCGUCACCUCCGGUGGCACCACCGCGCCGCUGGAGCGGGCGCAGGUGCGGUGCGUGGAUAAUUUCAGCAGCGGCGCGCGCGGGGCGAGGUUGGUGGAGGAACUGUUGCGAAGAGGCGACUGCGACGUGGUGAUGCUGCAGCGCGAGGGAUCGUGCGCGCCGCACGAGCGCAUGGUGAAUGAAUCACUGGUGAAUGAUUCGCGCGCGCGCGAAAUUGGGCGCGCGCCGCACGCGUUGAUCGUGGUGCGAUUUAAGACGUUAUAUGAGUAUUUAACUUCGCUUAAGGCGACGUGCGAGGCGGUCGGGGACGAGGCGAAGGCGCGCGGCGGACGCGCCGUCGUCGUCCUCGCGGCGGCGGUGAGCGAUUUUUACGUUCCGUGGUGCGAUUUACCCGAACAUAAGAUUCAAAGCUCGGCGCACAGUGCGGCUGGGUUAGAGCUGACGCUGAAACCGGUGCCCAAGAUGCUCGGGAUGAUCAAACACGAGUGGUGUCCCGAGGCUUUCGCCGUAGGCUUCAAGCUCGAAACCGACGUCGAUUUACUCGCCGACAAGGCGCGCAAAUCCCUCGAACGCUACCGUCUGGACGCCGUCGUCGCCAACGAGCUCACGACACGUUACGACUACGUCACCGUAUUCGCCGCCGACGGUUCG